GGUGAGGUGCUGGGCAGUCAGAGUGGCUGCAAAAGAAGUCAAGAGUGGCAAGUGUUUGGGGUUUUUUUUUUUUUUUUAGUAAUUGGCUUGCCUAUGAAGUUUCUACUGACAUGACUGCAGGGAUGUUUGCACUGCUGAUGGCUUUUCUCAGCACCGUUGCACUUCACUCAGUGUCAGCUGGAGGUGUGUAUUGUGCUCGAACAGCCAGAGCCCGAGCAGCUGCCUUAGGUCUGGAUUAUCCCGGAGUCCAUGGAGCCCCAGACCUCCAUGGAGCCCCAGAUCUCCGUGCCAUGCACCACGGCACCAUGCACCAUUAUGGUCAUCCUGAAGCUAACCUGGUCUAUAACAGCCAAACCCACCCAGCAGUGAGAUCUUUUGAUGGCAGAAUGCAUAAAGGAGCUCGCCCCAGGAGCUGGCGUGGCCCUCCCAGACCAGUACAGAGUGGCCCUCCCUCUCCCAGAGGACGCUCUCUUAUUCCCCACAGGUCCAAUUUAGAAGAGGUCAAGCAUGUUGCCCCUCUGACUCUGCCUGGCCCCCGAGGCUGGCCCGAUUUUGUGAACUGGGAUCCUCAGGGCCACAACGAGCCGCGUCCGUUUGUCUACAACGACCUUGUUGUUGACGAGUCCGGCCCAAAUAGACGUGGCAUGUCUGUGAGGGGGCCUCGGCCCUGGCCCCGGGCCGGGGGUCUAACUGGCUCUGGCCCGGGAAGAGAAACUGUCCUCGGUUCAUCCAACAAAGAUGGCGUCGAUGCGAUGAGCGGCCCGAGUCCUGUCGCUAGGCAGAAGAGGAUCAGGAUCCCCGGCCAGCCGUCUGAACUCCUGCACAAACGCUUCAAUGUCAGACAGUUUUUUCAAGGUUAACCUGUUAAGAGACGUGUGUUAACCCAUUAAAGGCGGGAAAGCAGAUAA